AAAAUACCGGUAAAUUUCUGUUAGUGAUGCACCAGCGACUUAACCGCCACACGCGCCUACCAUAACUUCAUGUGUCAUUCUCACCACACAUUGUCUUACACGUGGUGUAUAUAAAUAUACAUGAACUUGUGUGUAAUCUCCUUGUUCCUCUGUUUCUCUGCCUUCACUUGCGGCUUAUCGUAGAAGAAGAGGAAACAAAACCAGAAACAAGGUAAUUUUUAAAAAAAGAAUCUACUCUUGAGUGGUUCACAAGUAUCUAAAUAUAUUAACGACCUGUUUUAGAAAAAAAAAAGCUAAGGAUAAAGAUUGUUAGAUAUUCAAGUAUCGGCGGGCAGAAUUAACUCGCCGGAAAAUGGGGAAAGCUAGAGGACUUAACAGCGGUGGUGGAGAGAGCUCUCUCGGUUACCUAUUUGGAUCCGGCGAGGCUGUUCCCAAACCAAACAAGCCCGCCGCUAACACCAGCUUUACCACUACCACUACAACAACAACCACCACCAACGGGGCUGGAGGCAGACCCACGACCACCACCACGACAAACACUAUCUCCAGAGAUAAAAACAAGACGGAGAAGGAGGAGAAGAAAGAUAUGUCGGCAGGUGUGAGAGGAAGCCCUAAUAAUUACUUGAGAACAGAGGGACAAAACUGUGGCAACUUCCUCACGGAUCGACCGUCGACGAAGGUGCAUGCUGCACCAGGUGGAGGAUCUUCUCUGGGUUACUUAUUUGGAUCUGGAUCUGGCAAAUGAUUUUGACUUUGCAUGACGACCCUCUGCAUUUUUUUACCGUUGAAAAAAGUGUAAAAAAAAUUUGUAACUUUAUUUUCCAUCUUUGAAACUGGUGAUCGAUUGUGUGUUCGUGAGAAUUGUUCUGGAUUUUUCAUGUGUUCCUGACAAGAAGGAUUUGUCAAUAUAUGGUUCAAAGACCUUUCUCGAUCUCUAGACAUCUCGAGAAUGUCUUUCUACAAAAACAUUCGUUGGUUAAA